AUGAUGCUCUUCCAGAAACCGCCAACAAUCAAUUUGUCCUCCCAUUUGGCCGCAACACACCACCGCAGGCAUCCUUCGGCACCGCCAACCGUCGUUGUACAGCCGACCAGGACUCCAGGACUCCUCUCGCUCUCAAAACCUUCUCGACCUUCGCCCCAGCGCCCCCAACAGCAUCAGACUAACCUUCGCUCCCAGCAGCGCUCAGCGCCCAAGUUCAAGCCGGUUCCUGCUUCAACUACGACGGCGGCAAGCCAACGAUCGCCCCAGCUUAACCAUGCAUCGCCUCAAUUGCAAAAGCCAGUCGUUGAGAAAGUCGCCCCCACCACGCCUGAGAGGAGUCAAGCCCAGUCACUGAGGGGCCGCCCAGUCAAAGCGUCCAAAGAUAAGGCAGGCAGAAGUGCAUCACAAUCCCCCGUUCAUGGACGACGAAACCACACCCGCCAACCAUCUCCUCCUGUUCAACCUCCGCAGGCAGAGGUAACCCCCUUGACUUCCUCGGGUGACAAUACGAUCACCAACUCCAACCCAUUCGACCCAUUUUCCGACGAUUUUCAACCGAAGACCGUGCGCCCGACGCCAUCUCUCGCACCUAGACCUUCCGGGCAGCUUGCCAAGCGCCGCCAACCGAUUCCGUCGUUCUCGCUUGAGCCCACUCCCAUUGCGCCCACGAAGACUAAGGCAGUCGAUGUUCCUCUAAAUAGCCAUGCGUCCAGGCCUGUGUUCGUCUCCCGAUCAGACCCCGUCCCGUCGCACAUGCCAACAAAGAGGCCAUCUUAUCGCCCAGGACCCCGACGAUCAGCGACGCUCAACAACGGAUUCCCCGUUUGUGACGACAUGGGCGAUGUAUCCGAUGCCGACGAUUCUGACGCCUCGGAGUUGAGCAGCACACCUGUCACCCCUGUGCGCUCCCGGCCGGCGAAAUCGAGUCAAUUCGACGACGGACCUCGUACUGCUCCCCUUUCCAGCUCAACGGCGGCAUUCUUCCCAUUCAACACGACGCCUUCCCCCACCCCAGUUAUGCGUGCUCCUGCCUCUCACUCGAGGAAGCACCGCCGUGCUCCCAGCGAGGGUAUGGGCGUAUUCCAAAUGUCCUCAGAUGAGGAGUCCACUCCGUCUGACGAGCUCAAACAAACUCUGUUCGGUUUGCUUGCGCCCCGGCCUGGAAGUGUUGGUCUACGUCUCGCUGCUGCUGCUGCUGCCAAACGAGAUGGCCUUGAGUUGUCGGAAAUGGUCGAGGGAUACUUCGCCAGUUCACUCUUCCAAAACUCACCCAGUCCCGAGGAGCUCCCACCCCCCGCAUUUUAA